AUGGCCACAUCGCAGUGCACGAAUCCGGGGAGACUUUUCACCAAGCCGAGCCCGGACCCAAAACACUCCGAGCCAUGGAAACAGCACAUCCUCAGGCAGCUGAAAUAUCGCGAUAAGGCUCAGAAGAUCGCCUUCCAAGAUGUGAUACGAUCAUAUGUCAACCUGCUCGAGCGCUGCGCGCAGCGUGCAUUAAUCACUCAAAACCUGCUCUCUCCGCCGAGAUCGUUUUCCUCAUCUGAGGACUUGCCAUCUCUGAAGACAGCCACUGGGGAGCUUGCUUACAAAGUAGUGGAGCUGCAACAAGAGAUAAAAAUCAAGGAUUCUUUUCUUGAAAGGCAACAUGCCAGGUUGCUUGAUACUCAGAACAGCCUCAUGGCUGUGGAAUUAGAGAAAGACAGAGUUCAGUCUGAUGUGAAGAAGAUGACCGAUAACAACUUGCUCCUCAAGAGUAACUAUGAUACUCUGCAUGAGAGCUAUCAGCACUUGGAUAAAGUUUACAGGAAGGAGAAACUCCAUGGCUCAGAUGUUCUGGAGGACAUGAUUCACUUGAAAGAACAGGCUGCUGCACGCAUGAACCACCGCAAUGAGAGGAGACUGAGAGCCAGGCAAUUUGGUCUUCAUAAGGAACUUGAGGUGGCUUCCAGUGAAAGUUUGAACAUUGACAAAGUUCCCAAAAGUGUGUCAUUACCAUCAUCACCAUUACUUCGCAGGAAUGAAAGUGCAGAGAAUUUGGACAGUAGCCAUUUACGAGCUUUCAGGUCAGCUUCGGUUGCUUCUCCUCGGAUUCUUGGUUCAAUCAGAGGUCUGUUUGAUAAGAAGAGGCGAGGUAAUUCAGUUAGCAGUUUGGAAGAGGAUCUCUAUACUCCUCUAGGAGUUUGCUUAGUAGCUAGAGUCCCAACCAAAGUCAUUCAUGCAGUGGAUGCUCAUGAGCUUGGAAUCAAUGCAGUGAGAUUCAGCCCGAGGUCAAAUCUGCUGGCCACAGGAGGCACAGACAGAGUGAUCAAGCUGUGGGACAUCAGCUCAGGGAUGCUGCACUACAGAGGGACACUAGAUGGGAGUAAUGAGGGCAUCACCAGCAUUGAGUUUGACUCUACGGGCAACCGGAUUUUAGCUGGAUCGUAUGACAACUCAGCUAUUAUUUGGCGGCUGGAUGAAUCUGUUCCAAAGUUUAUACUGACAGGUCAUUCUCGCAAGGUCACAGCAGCAAGGUUUAAGUGCAACCUAAAGCAGGUGGUGACUGGGAGUGGAGACAGGACUGUAAAAAUUUGGGACCUGCAACGUGCUGCCUGUAUACAAACCAUUGAGGUAUUGUCCUACUGUAGUGACAUAGUGUGCUCAGAGUAUUACAUAAUCAGUGGCCAUUUUGACAGAAAAAUACGCUUCUGGGACAGCAGGGCAUCGAGCUGCACUCAGGAGGUUCCCCUACAGGGCAGGGUGACAUCACUUGACAUCUCACCCAACUACAGAGAGUUACUAAGUUGCUCGAGAGAUGACAGCCUGCAACUGGUGGAUCUGAGAAUGAGCAAUACCAGAAUGACCUUCCGGGCAGAAGGUUUCAAAUGUGGAAGUGACAGCACCAAGGCUAUCUUCAGUCCAGAUGGAAGUUACCUGGCAGCUGGCUCUGCAGAUGGUGGUGUGUACAUCUGGAACAUUAGCACAGGCAACCUAGAAACACGACUACAACCCAUGCACAGAACUUCAGUUAAUGCAGUGGCUUGGUCAAUGUCGGGCGAGUAUAUGGUGAGUGUUGAUAAAAGCCGAUGUGCCAUUCUGUGGAGUGACAUCUGAAACUGGAUUAAAGUGUCUGUACUCUCUGCUGCUGAAUUACACACCAGCGUCAAUAACAUCCACACAUCCAUGUUCAGCAUGUGAGGAACACCUUGUUCUAUACACCAAAGCUGUUAUUAAAAGAGCUUCAAUGUUUCCAUUGCUCAUAGAACCAAAGCUCCACAAGCAGGUGAAAUUUCUUUUGGUCUGGCUUUAUAAAGCAGUCCAGAUUGAUUAGAUGCCUUGAUUUUUUUUUUAACGCAUGAAGCCAUUUAUUAGUUGACAUUUGAAAUGUGUGCCUUACGUAUGUCAAACAUUCACUCAAGCAUAUUGUCUUAAAGAUUGAAAGCCUGGUGACAAAAAUACACAGACACACAGCAGGAAAUUAGGUAUCUGUGAUGGUUGGUAUCAUUCAGUAAUAUGAUCUGUUUGAGUAUAUAUAAAUUAGCUAAUUAUAUUUCACAGUGUAAAUAUAGAUUUUGUACAGUAUGUCUAUUUUGUAAUGUAUAUGUUUCUUUUGUGCAGUAUAAAAAUACACCAAUUUUGUAUCUGUACCUGAUUUGUGCUACAAUGCUUCUUCAACCACUCUGAGGGGUCCCAUUUACCUAACCUCAUUUAUUUUACAUUCUCAUUUUUUAAAGACAUCUAGUUAAGUUUUUACAAGGGAGUGUAUAGAUUUGUUUACAUUCUAAUUUUCAACCCAACUGUACUGACUGUUAUGGUUUAUAUACUGAUUACUAGAUAAAUAAAUGUCUUUCCAUUAUUCUUACCAG